ACGCGUUCCGCGGCGCGGCCUAGCAUUUAUCUGUCAAAACUGGUGACGGCCGGCCGAUCGGCGAUGUGCCGGCUCGCGCGUCUCUGUUGAUCGUUUCCCGGCACGGUUCGAGGUCAUCGCUAGCCAAUAAUUUCAUGUUAGUCGUGCGUGUGCGUUUGUGCGUUCAACAUUACGUUUUUCGUAGCGGCGUAAACUGAAUCGAUCGUAAGUGUCCUUUGAAUAACCGCGUACUUUAUUAUGUGAUCGUGAAUGUGAACCAACGACACACAGAAGAAAGAGAGAGAGAGAGAUAGAGAGAGAGAGAGAGAGAGUGAUCGUGUGUGCGUGUGGUGUGACGGCACGAGGGAAAAGGAAGGAAGAAAGGAAAAUGCGAAACGUUCGAGUCGACGUAUUCUGCUAUCUCAUUGUGGCACUACUUUUUCUAGCGCCAUUCAGUCACGCAGCGGGAAAUGUUACGAACGAGGUUAAACUGUGCGACAUGCACAAGAUGGGAGAGCAGUGCGGCGAGAACGAAAGAUGCCUUCAAAGGACGAAGUUCCAGGACGCGUAUUGCACGUGCAAGAUUGGCUACACGCUGAAAGAAGGCCACUGCGUUCAGCUUGCGACUAGCACCGUUGCUAGUAUGUCGAAUGUUGAAGCAGACGUGGAAGUCAACUCAGGAGGUAGUUCUGUAGCCGCUGGUUUGUUAAUACCGACCUUCCUCGUAGUAAUCGGUGUACUGCUGUAUUUCGGCGCGAGACGAUACAGGUUGCUGCAAAGAUUCGGACCUCUUCGUCAAAAUCAUUAUGGUAAUGUCCUAGUCACGAGAGACGACGACGACGACGACGAUGACGAUCCACCGAUAGCGUAAAAAGGGGACGACCUCCUCUAAUUGUAACGAAGAAAAAAAAAAGAAAAAAUACGUGUGCCGUGUACAAAAAACAAAAAAAAAAAUAUC